GAAAGCGAGUCAUCUUCAGAUCCUUAAAAUUGUUGCCUAUCACACAAUGCCCGAGAACUCGAACCCUAAACAUCGAGCGGGACGCCGGCUUCAGAAAUCCACAGCUCAUCAUUUUCAUUUGCUGUGCUUUUCAUCAUGGAAAAUCUUUAGCAUCCAAAGGUGAUGCACGGGUAGCAAUUCAAGUUCUGGAUUGGACAAAUCAACUUGAAACAAAAUGUAUCUGUACAAUUUAACCCUGCAGCGUGCCACUGGCAUCAUCCAGGCGGUUCAGGGGAACUUCAGUGGUGGCAAGCAGCAGGAAAUCAUCAUUGCCCGUGGGAAGGUGCUUGAAAUAGUGAAACCAGACCCCAACACUGGUAAGGUGCACAUACUUCUCAGUCAAGAGGUGUUUGGAAUCAUCAGAUCGAUCAUUAGUUUCCGACUGACAGGGGGAAACAAGGAUUAUGUUGUGGUUGGAUCUGACUCUGGUCGAAUUGUCAUCCUGGAAUAUAAUGCUGCUAAAAACGUGUUCGAGAAGGUCCACCAAGAGACGUACGGGAAGAGCGGUUGUCGUCGUAUUGUUCCCGGACAGUAUUUAGCUAUCGAUCCUAAAGGUCGUGCCGUUAUGAUCAGCGCCAUUGAAAAGCAGAAGCUAGUUUACAUUCUGAACCGAGAUGCCCAAGCACAUUUGACCAUUUCUUCACCUCUUGAGGCUCACAAGUCCAACACACUUGUUUACAAUAUCGUAGGUGUCGAUGUCGGGUUUGAGAAUCCAGUAUUCGCUUGUUUGGAAAUGGAUUAUGAGGAAGCUGACGCAGACCCUACUGGAGAAGCGGCUCAGAAAACACAACAAACCCUGACGUUUUACGAACUCGAUCUUGGGCUUAAUCACGUCGUGAGGAAAUACAGUGAGCCCUUAGAAGAACACGCAAAUUUCUUGAUCACCGUUCCGGGUGGUAAUGAUGGUCCUUCGGGUGUCCUGGUUUGUUCUGAGAACUACAUUACCUACAAGAAUUUGGGGGAGCAGCACGAUAUUCGUUGUCCAAUCCCAAGGAGAAGGAAUGACCUGGACGAUCCUGAGCGGGGCAUGAUAUUUGUCUGUUCAGCGUCGCAUCGCACCAAGGCCAUGUUCUUCUUCCUUGUCCAAACGGAACAGGGCGACAUUUUCAAGAUUACUAUGGACAUGGACGAGGAGGUUGUGAGGGAGUUGAAAAUCAAGUACUUCGAUACCGUUCCCGUUUCUUCCAGCAUGUGCGUGUUGAAAACUGGAUUUCUCUUCGUGGCCUCCGAGUUUGGCAACCAUUACCUUUAUCAGAUUGCCCAUUUGGGGGACGACGACGAUGAACCAGAGUUCAGCUCGAAUAUACCAUUAGAAGAGGGUGAUACGUUCUUUUUUGCUCCAAGACCGUUGAAGAACUUGGUUUUGGUGGAUGAGAUGGAGUCUUUGUCCCCUGUUUUGGCCUGCCACAUUGCUGAUCUUGCGAAUGAAGAUACGCCUCAGCUGUAUGCACUGUGCGGUAGAAGUGCCCGUUCUUCUCUGCGUGUAUUGCGUCAUGGGUUGGAAGUGUCUGAGAUGGCCGUCUCUGAACUUCCUGGUAACCCUAACGCAGUGUGGACUGUCAGAAAACGCGCCGACGACGAGUUCGAUGCUUACAUUGUUGUCUCAUUCGUGAAUGCCACGCUGGUGUUGUCUAUCGGUGAGACGGUCGAGGAAGUGACGGAUUCUGGGUUUUUGGGAACUACCCCGACCCUUGGUUGUUCUUCUUUGGGGGAUAAUGCACUGCUUCAGGUCUAUCCCGAAGGAAUCCGGCACAUUCGAGCAGACAGGAGGAUCAAUGAGUGGAAGUCUCCUGGCAAGCGAGCUAUUUCCCGAUGUGCUGUCAACCAACGCCAGGUUGUCAUAUCUUUGGCUGGUGGGGAGCUAGUUUACUUCGAGAUGGAUCCAACCGGCCAAUUGAAUGAAUAUACGGAACGUAAGGAAAUGACGGCGGAGGUCGUCUGUAUGGCUUUGGCCAAUGUCCCAUCGGGCGAGCAGAGAUCACGUUUCUUGGCUGUCGGUUUGGCAGACAACACUGUCCGUGUGAUCUCAUUGGAUCCUAAUGAUUGUCUUACGCCGCUGAGUAUGCAAGCGUUGCCAGCUACCCCAGAAUCUCUAUGUAUUGUGGAGAUGGGUGGUCAUGAUAAGGAUGCAGAGAGCACGGGGACUUCCGGUCAGCUUUUCCUUAAUAUCGGUCUGCAGAACGGUGUUUUGUUGAGGACUGUUUUGGAUCCGGUGACGGGGGAUUUAGCUGACACCAGAACACGGUACCUUGGCUCAAGACCAGUUAAACUCUUCCGCGUCAUGACACAAAACCACGAGGCUGUUCUUGCUAUUUCUUCACGUACCUGGUUGAGCUACUACUUUCAGAACAGGUUUCAUCUUGCACCGUUGUCAUAUGAUUCGUUGGAGUUUGCAUCAGGCUUCGCAUCUGAACAGUGUCCCGAAGGCGUGGUCGCCAUUGCGUCAAACACUCUUCGGAUUUUGGCAUUGGAGAAGUUGGGUGCUGUCUUCAACCAAGUUUCAUAUCCACUAGAGUAUACACCCAGAAAAUUCGUUGUACAUGACUCGGGGCGUAUGAUAAUCAUUGAGACGGAUCAUAAUGCUUACACCGAAGAAACGAAACUUGAAAAGAAACAGCAGAUAGCCCAAGAAAUGAGGGAUGCUGCUGAUGAGGAGGAACAAGAAUUGGCUCAUCAAAUGGCUGAUGCUUUUUUAAAUGAAGAAUUACCAGAGAGCGAAUUUGGGGCUCCUAAAGCUGGCGCUGGAAUGUGGGCAUCUAUCAUCCGUAUUAUGGAUCCUACUAGCGGCAACUCUCUACACGUCAUUCGUUUGCCACAGAAUGAGGCUGCAUUGAGUAUUGGGCUUGCGCGUUUUAUGAACCAAGAUCCAGAAGAUUAUUUUGUGCUGGUUGGUGUUGCCAAAGAUCUUAAGUUGAAUCCCAAACAAUGUGACGGAGGUUUCAUCUACACAUACAAGUUAAUCAACGAUUGGUCGGCACUCGAAUUAGUUCACAAAACACCGGUUGAAGAUACUCCCUACGCUAUAUGCGCCUAUCAGGGCCGAGUUCUAAUCGGUGUCGGCCGGCUGUUGAGGCUUUACGACAUGGGCAAAAAGAAGUUGCUGAGGAAGUGCGAGAAUAAACAUUUGCCCAGCUGCGUCGUUAACAUCCAAGCUCUUGGUCAGCGGGUGUACGUGGGUGAUGUCCAGGAGAGUAUCCACUUCGUCCGCUAUAAACGCAUGGAAAAUCAGCUGAUCAUCUUUGCCGAUGAUACACAUCCGCGCUAUGUCACGACCAUGUGUCUGUUGGAUUAUGACACUGUUGCUGUGGCGGACAAAUUCGGCAACGUUUCUGUGUUGCGGUUGCCACCACGGACUUCAGAUGAUGUCGAUGAGGACCCUACGGGAAACAAAUCUUUCUGGGAUCGUGGUGUUCUUAACGGAGCGUCCAACAAGACCGAAGUAUUAUGUAAUAUCCAUAUAGGCGAGACCGCCCUAUCUCUGCAGAGGGCGACACUCAUUCCUGGCGGGUCAGAAUCACUUGUCUACACGACGCUGUCUGGUUCUAUAGGAGUUCUGGUUCCUUUCACAUCAAGAGAGGAUCAUGAUUUUUUCCAGGCCCUAGAAAUGCACUUAAGGACUGAAAAUCCACCAUUGUGUGGACGCGAUCAUUUAGCGUUUAGAUCCUUCUAUUUCCCAGUCAAGAACGUAAUCGACGGCGAUCUCUGCGAACAGUUCAACUCGAUCGAUUCAAGUAAACAAAAGGCGGUAGCCGACGAUCUCGACCGCGCUCCAAAUGAAGUGUCUAAGAAACUAGAAGACAUUCGUACACGAUAUGCUUUUUAAAACCUUUGUAAUGUAAAAUGUUGGCGGAAUACAACGAAGUCACCACACGACGGCUUGGCCUGUGCCAUGAUAGUACCGCCCGUUAGUUCGAUUUGUGUGACGCCCCAGGCUACAAUAUCUCCCAGGGGCUGGUUAAAACAGUCGACACUCUCAGGAUUUAUUUCCCAUACAUUGCCUUCGAUGUCGCUUGUCAGUUUUGUACCCAAGAUCUCACCUUUGAGGUUCCCACUAGCUCCAAGACUUUGAAUGUCAUGGCGUAACGGUCGGCUGUCAAAGAACAUGAGGGUCAUUUCUCCUUCGACUACCGCCGACGACUGGAAUCCACCAGGGCGAUCUGGACUGAAGUCAAAAUUAUUCUGUUGCUGUCCAAAAACAACAGUACCGCCUCCUGGAAUCAACAGAGGGCGUCCAGUAUCGUCGAAUCCUUGUCCAAUUAAUUCGCCGUCAACAUAGAGAAGCCAACGUCCGGAUGAGCCUUCCCAGGAAUGGCACAAAUGGUACCAGUGGUGAUAAGCUAUGUUAUAUGGCACCGAAUAUACUUCCUUUCCGCUGAUGGCCAUGCGGAUCUGUAGUCCGAAAAUUGUCGGCUCGAUCCAUGUUGCGAUUGCAACUGGAUCGUUGGGAGCUAUUUUCAUUGGAAUUAACGUUAACAUUCAAAUUUCAAAUUUUAUGUUUUUAUUAUUCGUAGUAUGAGAUGCAAUUACCGGCGUAUGAGAAAGUUGAUUGGCGAGUUGUGGUAUUGACUGAUUUCAACCAGUAACACACGGUAAAAUCUUGGAGAUUAGGCACAGAAGUAAAGAAUUCUACAAGCUGACAAAUCAUUUUUAUUAAUAGAAAAUUUGCACAUUUUUUUAAUGGAACGUUUUUACCUGUAUGUUUCGCCGAUCGUCUCGAGUUCUUUGAGUAAGGACUACCUUCGUAGGCGAUAGCGAAGCGUUUUGUGCUAUGCAAAUCGCUAAAAUAAUCAGCAAUCGCGUGGUACAUUUGCUCAUUGUAGUCUACUAGUCUUUAGCACUUGCUCUUGUAUCAACGGUAGCACAUAUGAAACGGGUAGGACAUCCGCCCUUCUAUAUACUGCAUACCCAGCAUACCGGCUCUUUGUAGCACUUAAUUAUUCUGAUCACGCCCAUUCGGUUACGACAAGAUUUUGGGUUUUCCCAGCAUGGUUGAGUGCUUCUCAGGUUUUUUUUUAUUUGUCUAACAUUUUCAUGCUGUUAAAAGAUUCUUCUGUUCAUGUAUUCAUAUACACAUCGACAAGCAAACGAUAAAGAAGUGUUGUUAACUGUAGUGAAAGCUGUUAGUUUGGGGAUUUUCCUGUAUGGGUUUUUUUCUUUGGGAGAGGGUCACUCUGUCAGCAAUAUCUUCUUGAAAUUGUGACAGACUCAAGGAUGGAACUUACGUAGAGAAAGUUAUUUACGCGGAUAAAAUGUCUUCACUUAACUUCAGUUCUCGGAACCUGUUGUGUAAGCAGGAUUUAAAAAGACAGUGGUGGGUUGCUUGUAGAUUGGAUUUUCUCCCUAUCGUCAUUGACAGAUGAAACUAGAACUUGAUAAGCAACUUCAUAAACAGGAUUUUUUAUACCCGCGGCCACUUGGCUAGCUCACGAUCACGAAGAAAUUUUGCAUAUUCUAGGCGAUCAUGGAUCGUUGUUAGGAUUUUCCACAAAAGCAGAAGGAGGAGACCAAUAGCUAAAUUGGAGGAGCCAAAAGGAAAUCUUAUUGAAACGUCAGGCAAAUUAAAUAUUUCAAAGUAAAAGCAUUUACCCAAUAUAGCGCCGGAAACGCCACUUACUAUGGCUGGGAAAAAAACAAUAAAAAACGUGGUUCAACAUAAACUUUCGACCGUUUAAACUAACUAAUAAAAUUAGCUGGUGCAUACCAAUGACAUUGGGUGGUUCCGAACAUUCGCCCUUCUCACCGACAGGAAUGACAGACUCCAUUUUCAGUCGGUUAUGAAUAAAAAAGAAAUUGCAAUACAAUCCGUCUUGAUACUGCUGGAAAGAGCAGAUUUGAUCGCCUUCUUUGGUUUCUUCAUUUAGAUUGACAAUUAACAUCCAUAGAAUCACUUUACUUAAGCGACAUGGUUACAAAACAAACCUUUGAUUUCUUUGACUAACGAAACAUCGAAUUCACAGCCACGGCAGUCAUAUUCGGCUAAUGGUCCGGUUUUAAAAGCUUUGCACUGGACACAUUCUUUCAGUUCUUUACACUGUUUUGGUCCGCAGUUGAGAAUUUUUCUGUUAAAAAUUAUCUACUAAUUUUAUGUAAAUUAAGCAGGUUACCGGUGGGAUUUCACAGAAAUUUCCGGUAUAAGGAUCUCCGUCUUUUGUUUUGUUGCACAAGCAUUUACCGCAGUUGCAAGUUCCACGGCCAGAACACACUGUAGAAAGAUUUGAAUGUCGCGUAUUAUAGAGAAUAAUAAUUAACAGGAAUAUUACUUGCACCCUGGGCUAUUCCAGAUUCAUAACAAGUUUCUUGGCUUUUGGGACAUUUAGUUUGGCAACUGUUACCCUAUUCGAUAAACAUUGUCAUUAAUUUUCCUGUCUAGUAUUCAUGGUUUACCAGUUUUCCAACCUGCCAUCCAGGUUUACAUUCACAAACUCCUCCACCAUUACAAGGACAGGUACCCUGUUCGGGCCCAGAGCAGACUUGUUCGUUGAUGGGCGAAACCGGACAAGCAAAGUCAUCACUAAUAACAAUCAGAGCGCAACAUUAAAAGAUUAAAAGGAUAAAUGUUCUAUCCCGUCUUACCAUUCACAAUAAUCACCCCAAACUUUCCUACCUAGUUUCAUAAAGAAACAGAAAACAAGCUAAAUUUUUUAACUUUGUUUCUAUAGUUAAUUGGUUUUACCAGGAGGCGAGUGGCAAUUGCAUGCCGCAUCGCAUAUGCAGCUUCCUCGACCACUGCAAUUAGGAAACGAUGAAGUAUUUCCUUGAUGUGGUGGUUUACAGCCCUUGGCUAAAGGGUUUGGUUUUCGUGCAUUACCACCUUCACACUCGCAUGAAGAACCUGAGAAAUCCGGGUCGCAGACACAAUAACCACACAUGUAUUGACCUGCACCACUGCAUUCACUCCGCGUAGUCUACGAAUAUUGGAAAGAUUCAAGUUAUUGUUUACACUUAAAUUUU